AGGAACAUGGAUCCUUUGUAUUUUCCCUCUGCUCUGGCCCGGGAGGCUAGUUCUCCAGAUGCAAAUGUCUCCUUUCCAGCAAACACGAGUAACAACACCCUUCUACGAUUCCCCUUUUCCCCUGAAAUCCACUCUGUCCUCAUUCCUGUCAUUUACCUCCUGGUUUGCACCAUCGGGCUGGGUGGAAACACCUUGGUCAUUUAUGUGGUCUUGCGUUAUACCAAGAUGAAAACAGUCACCAACAUUUACAUCUUGAACCUGGCUAUUGCCGACGUGCUCUUCAUGCUUGGGCUGCCCUUCCUGGCUACCCAGAAUGCCAUCUCCUACUGGCCCUUUGGGACCUUCUUGUGUCGCCUGGUUACAGCUGUCGAUGGCAUCAACCAGUUCACCAGCAUUUUCUGCCUGACUGUCAUGAGCCUGGACCGCUACAUGGCCAUCGUCCACCCCAUCAAGUCCACCAAGUGGCGCCGGCCGAGGGUCGCCAAGUUGAUCAGCGUGGCUGUCUGGACUCUCUCCUUUCUAGUGGUGCUCCCAAUGAUCAUUUUUGCUGAUGUCCAGGAAGAUUUCCACACCUGCAACAUGACCUGGCCAGAGCCAAUUGAUCUCUGGUCUGCUGUCUUCAUAAUUUACACCUCAGUGCUGGGCUUUUUUGGGCCCCUGCUGGUCAUCUGCCUGUGCUACUUGCUGAUCAUCGUCAAAGUCAAGUCCUCCGGGAUCCGAGUCGGCUCCACACGGCGCCGGCGGUCGGAGAGAAAAGUGACCAAGAUGGUGGUUAUCAUUGUCCUCGUCUUUGUCUUCUGCUGGCUCCCCUUCUACAUUGUGAACAUUGUCAAUCUGAUAUUUAUUCUGCCCGAGGAACCCGUCUUGGUGGGCGUUUUCUGCUUUGUGGUAAUUCUCUCAUAUGCCAACAGCUGUGCCAACCCCAUACUGUAUGGGUUUCUUUCAGACAACUUCAAGCAGAGCUUUCAGAAGGUCUUCUGCCUUCGUAAAGGUAACGGUGUGGAAGAUGGUGACCCAACGGAGCACCGGCAUGAAAAAAGCAGCCGUCUGCAGGAAGUGAUGUUGCUAGAGAGAAGCAUCGACUCCAAUGGGCACAUGCAGACCAGCAAGGUAUAGAGAGCCCC